AUGAGCGCAGCAAGAAGAACAGAGGGUCAGAAAACUUCGGUGGCCGCAAAGGGUUCCAGAGCUCAUAAAUUGGAUUCAAUCUGUUGCCAAAACAUAAAUCAACAGCACAUAAAAAUCAAGUUCAAGGCUAAAACUGCCUCUGAAGGAGAGGUUCUUCCACUUGCCAGAACAGGAGCCUUGAGAAGCUCUUUCUUCAUGAAGGAGAAAUGCAAGAUCUCCAGAAGCACAGAGAGGCUUGCUUAUUUCAACAACCUAAUUCAAAAACAUGACAACAUCCUGGCUGUUGGAGAGGCAAGGAAAGGAGAGAGGGGCUGUGGAGGCAAGCGGAACAGGGAGGUCCCGUGGGAUGGGACACUGGGGUCUGAGGCACAGCAGGUAGCAGGGGGAGCGCUGACAGCUGUCUCUGCCCCUCAGAUGGGCAGUGGCUGCUAUGUGGCAGGUGCAGCCUGGUCUCUCGCUGAGACUGUCCUCCACAAAGGCGACGACUGGCCCGAGCGGUGGCUGGCCCUGGAUUACACAAGUGCAGACACACAACCAAGUGAGCUGGAAGACCCAGGAGAAGACCGGGCCUCAGGUGCCCACAUGAUCAGCACAGCCAGCGUCCCUGCGGAUAAGCCAGUACGCAUUGCCUUCAGCCUCAAUGACACCCCAGAGGAUACACCAUCCGAAGAUGCCAUUCCUUUGGUCUUUCCAGAAUUAGACCUGCAGCUACAGCCUCUGCCACCUUGUCAGGACUCCGUGGAAUCCAUGCAGGUGUUCAAACAACACUGCCAAAUAGCAGAAGAGUACCAUGAGGUCAAGAGGGAGAUCGCCCUGCUUGAGGAAAGGAAAAAGGAGCUCAUCGCUAAGCUGGACCAGGCAGAGAAGGAGAAGGUGGAUGCUGCUCAGCUGGUCCGGGAAUUUGAGGCUCUGACAGAGGAGAAUCAGACCCUGAAGAUGGCCCAGUCACAAUGUGUGGAACAACUAGAAAAACUUAGAAUCCAGUAUCAGAAGAGGCAAGGGUCCUCCUAACCCGAAACGAUCAGUCUGAGCAGAAGAGGUUGGUGACUGGCUAUGCGCUGGCCAAUGGAUUUGUGUUUUCAAAGGAGAGAGAGUAAAAAUCUAUCACUUCUGUUUAUUACCCACAUGGCAGUUAUCUAGAAUGAGUUUAUUGCUUGCUAACUUCCAGCUUCUAGAGAGAUAUUUUAAGGGAGAUAUAUAAGUCUUAUUUGGGAAGAUAUGGUCGUGUUAUACAUUAGGGUAGAAAAUGGUUAAAAUAGACUAUUGACUGACCCCACUAAGAAUUAUAAACCAUGAAACCAGCUCACAGUGAGAGGCUCACUGUGCUUUCACAUCUAUGCAUUUUUAACCUUCAUGCCUUUACUAUUUCAAGUCAGCUCACAUAUUAGCUGUAGAAACUUCUCUGCAUACUUUUGUGUUCAAUAGCAUCACAUGUCAUCCUUUAAUAGUUGAUUGUUCUAAAAUUCAACGAUUGCACAUCAUGAAAUGCAUUCUCUUGAAAAUAUUAGCAGAGAGCAUGCCUGUGCCCAGAGCUGUUGCAAUAAAAAGAAAAAAAAACCACAUGGCAAAUUUUCUUUACUCCAUGUUAAAACCCUAUCUUCACCCUGACUGUGUGUGUUUUGGAGGUACAGGGGAAGUGGAAAGCUAUUGUUUGGACAUUAUUACCUUGGUGAGUUCUCAUAAAACAUCAGUGCAAUUACAUAACUAUAACUUUGUUUUGGAUCUAAAGAGAUGUUUUUAGAUCAGUAAUAACUGAUAGGAAUAUGUGACUACUUUCAGAAUUAAAGUGAUUUUCCUUUUGUUCUAGUUAUCACAUUUUCCCAUUCAUAUCUCUUUGUUAUAUGUCCAUUUCUAUUCACACAACUUCUUUUUCAUUAAACAUGGAUCAAAAGCG